UCUUGGAGGAUGGAAUUGACAAAAAAAUGGAUGCUAUACGAAGAACUCAGAGUUUUGGUGGUUGAUCAUGAUUCUACAACUCUAAAAAUUGUCUCCAAAAUGCUUGGAGUAUGUGGAUAUGAAGCUGUGAUGGCUAAAUGCGCCAUUGACGCUUUGAGGAUAGUGAAAGAGAGAAAAAAUGAUAUCCAUCUCAUUUUAACAGAUACCCAUUUGCCUGAUAUGGGUAGAUAUGAACUCCUAGAGAAGAUUAUGGAGCAAACAUCCACAUUGCCAAUUGUUACUAUGACCACCGAUGACAACGAGAUUGUAAAGUUGGGUUGCCUCUUCAAAGGAGCUAUGUUGUGUCUCGUAAAGCCACUCACCAUGAAAAACAUAAGAGAUCUUUGGCAAUUUUUAUUUAUCGGAGGAAGAGAACGAUCCAUCUCUAUUAGAACAUCGAAUCAAGUUCAAAAAGAAUUGACCGAUGAAAAUGAUGUAGACAAGAGUACCGACGAGAAAUUCCAAAAGACCAAAAGGAAAGAACACAACGAAGAUGUUAGUACUCGACAGGUAGAAGGAGAUGGUAGUGAUUCAACACGGCCGAAGAGGCCAAAGCUAAUUUGGACUCAACAAUUGCAUAAGACAUUCUUGCAAGCCAUUGAAGCACUGGGAGUUGAUAAAGCUCAUCCAAAGGAGAUACUUCAACACAUGAAUGUUCCUGGAUUAAGAAAAGAAAACGUUUCGAGUCAUUUACAGAAGUUUCGUUUCUCGUUAAAACAAGAUCAAGAUGUAAAAAAGAAACCUUUUAAAAGUUUCGAGACAGCUCAGAUUCCUAACCACCGAACGAAAUUGCCCAUCAAUGUCGAUAUUUUCAUGGCUAAGCCUCAAGAAACUCAACCUCAACCGUACAACAAUCUAUCUCCAACUUCUAUCAACUCCAAUCUUAUGGGAAUUUGUGAUGUGGUAAGUUUGGAAAGUUGUUUUUCUAAGGUGAUUACGAGCCAGACAUGUUCGAUGAACUCUACACGUCGACGAUCGCUAGAAGAUCAAGACAGACGACAAUGGUUUGAAUGUAAUAGAAAAGAAAUGACUUCAACGAUGGUGGAAGAACAAGGACAUUGCAUGUUUAAGGUUGAUGAAGAACUUGAUGGAGUUCUUGAUGUUCAUGAUUUACUUUUCUAAAGAAACUUUACUAUUGUUUAUGUUCAUGAUGAUCUUUGCCAUAGCUAAUUUGUUCGGGAUAAUAAAAGGAAGAUGCGAGGUGGGUAUUGAGUAAG